AUGUUUUGUUGCUUGCGUCUUUUUUCGGCAUUCCAGAAUUUCUUUAAUUUAUAACUAAACAAUAAUAAUAAUAAAUAUAAUCAUGUUUUAUCACAUAUCGCUCGAACACGAGAUUCUGCUACAUCCACGUUACUUUGGCCCUCAGUUGUUGGAGACGGUGAAGCAAAAACUCUACUCGGAGGUGGAAGGAACGUGCACGGGCAAAUAUGGCUUCGUGAUAGCAGUCACAACAAUAGACCUUAUCGGCUCCGGUGUGAUACAGCCAGGCCAAGGUUUUGUUGUAUAUCCAGUAAAAUAUAAAGCUAUAGUGUUCCGACCUUUCAAAGGAGAAGUCCUCGAUGCCGUUGUCAAGCAGAUCAACAAAGUAGGAAUGUUUGCCGAAAUCGGACCAUUGUCAUGUUUUAUAUCGCACCAUUCAAUUCCUGCUGACAUGCAAUUCUGUCCAAAUGGAAAUCCGCCCUGCUACAAGUCCAAAGACGAAGAUGUCGUCAUCUCUGGUGAGGAUAAAAUACGUCUCAAGAUUGUGGGCACGCGUGUGGACGCCACUGGCAUUUUUGCUAUAGGAACCCUGAUGGAUGAUUAUUUGGGUCUGGUCUGCAAUUAAGAAGUGAAAAAGUAUACAAUUGCUAUAUAUUUGUAUAUAUAUAUA